AUGAAACGAGCAGCAAGCAAGCAAGCAACCUGGCAAUUCGUAUUCGAACUUCUUCUUCAAGAUUUCUUGGCUUUUGCUCACACAAAUCAUACCAACACAUAUAGCGACGUCUACGACUACGAGUACGCUAUCGCUACAUCAUACCAACGCAUACAGACACACCAUUCGAGCAUACGCGUUUGCUACUCACCUGCAUCGCCCGCCAUCAUGCUCACCCACGAGUUUAUUGGUGCGGCCUUGGGCUCGAUCACCUACUUCAAGUUCAUGGAGGUGUUUGUUGUGAACGCUAUCUUGUCUGAGUGGGAGGAAGAUGAGGAGAAGCGCGAGGAGCUUGAGCGACAACAAGAGGAGGAUGCUGCAGCUGCUGUGGCAAUGAGGAGGUAUCUGGGCAAUAGAACGAUCGAUGGUCAUACUCACUUGGUCCGCCGUGCGAGGGGGGAGCGUUGCGCUACAGUGGCAGUGUUGAGCAGUGAGGAGGAACGUGGUGAGGAGGGUGAAGCUCAGGAGGAAUCAAAGGAGGAGUCCAGGAUCGAGUCCAUGGACCUGGCGCCAAGCAAUCCCACUCCGCCAUCGCCACCACAAACCAUGGUCAGCCGCUACGCCAGCACACCGAGUCCAGUGUCUCUGAAGGAUAUUACGAUCGCUGGUCUCUCGCAGCAACUCGAGGAGAUGCGCAUGCAGGCCGAGGAGGACAGAACGAAGGCUCAGGAGUUCCAGCAGCAAGCCCAGGAGUCUAGGAAGACAGUCAGUCAGCUUCAAAGUAGGAUCCGCCAGACGAACAGAGACAAUCACGAAGCCCGUGGGCAAUUAUCCUACGCAUCGAACGAGAAUAAUAGACUUGAGAAGUAUCUGGAUACAGCGGAGAAAGCGCGAGACAGUGCUGUAGACAAGCAUCACAGUCUUUCGUCUGAGCUGCAGGAACAGACCACGAAAUUGAAUAAGGCCGUCUCUAGCGGCAAUCUCUGGUAUCAGGAGAACGCCAAGUUGGAGUCUCGGGCGAGGGAAGCCGAGUUGUCUGCUCGCUGGGCAAAGCGUGACGCUGAGAAUGAUCUGAGGAAGGCAAGAAAGGCUAGCGCCGAAGCAAAGGCGACCCUACAGGAGAUCGAGCAGAAGAAUGAUUCCUCCGUCCGUGGGGAGGUUGAGAAGCAAGCAAAGCAGUCGCAGGUGAAGUUUCAAGCCGAGUUCGAGCAGGCCGGCCAGGCUGCUAACGUUCGGUACAAUGGACUUCAAGAGUCUCGCAAGCUGCAGCUCCAGCAGCUCAAGGACGAUUUCGAGCGCCACCGGAAGGAGACGAAGGAGGAGAACGAGAAGAAGGCUGCAGAAGCGUCGAUACAGAAUCAACAGCUCCAAGCACGGGUUGAAAAGACCGAGGAGGAGCUUGUUGACACUAGACGACUUCGAAACGAGCAGACCAAGCAGGCGAAGGAAGCUGCCGAUCGCCAAGCCGAUGAGACGAAGACGGCACACGACUCCAAGCUCAGGGAAGCGCACAACAAGAUUGGUGAGCUUGAAGCGGCGGUCACGCAAGUCAUGCUUCAGCGUGAUGACGCCACACGUGACCAGACGAACUCCCAGUCUGCGCUGAUCACUGUUAAGGAGACCAACACCCAUCUCAACAGUCAGCUGACGUACGAGCGCGAGAAGAACUCUCGUCGAGACGACGAGAUCAAGGCGCUGAAAGCACAGAUGGUGACUUUACAACAACAACAGCAGCAGCAACAGGCUUUCCCCAGCAGCGAGACUACUGUUGUUACAACAUCGGUCUCCUCAGCAGCUAUACCGCCGCUCGAUGGCGCUGGGAUCCUUGAGCCUUCUGGAUAUCAGACCAUGCAAAACUUCAACGAUCUUGAAGAAAUGGACUUCGGUUACCAGAAUCAGUCUGAUAUGGGCAUCGCGAUCGAGCCUGCUGCAUCUACAGACCUCCAGAUGACGAUGGACGCACCAUACAUGACUUUUGAUGGCCAACAGACUGCUGACAUCUACGAUGCCUUCGACUGGGACAUGGCCAAUUUCGAGAUCCCACAACAGACGUCUCAAUAUGAUCCGGCAAGUUCUGAGAGCAAUGGCCCAUACUGUGGUCUUUCCACCAUGCAGACCUCGGUGGAGGAGCACCAAGCGAAUAGCUUCGGUAUGGGCUUACAACAACCACUGCCUCCUUUCCAGCUGCAACAGAGCACUACUGGUUCUACAGCUUCUACAGCUGCUUCGCUUCAGCCUUUCUCAUGGAUGGCUGGCUCCUCGAACGAUACGCAGAGUAGCGAAAUCCAGACACAGCCAAUCGCCAUCUCCUUCAUGUCGACAGACACAUGGCAGCCUCAGCAGACGAACUUCGACUUCGAUUUUGGAACAGCAGCUUCGAGCCAGUCCAUCGUUGGCAACGAUUCUACUAUGCAGAACCAGGAGUGGGUACCCAAUCCAGAGCAAUUGACCCCUGUCGAUCCUGCAUUGACGGGCGAAGAACAGCCAAAGGAAUCUGAAUCUGAUCUUUACAGUAUGACGUGGAAGGCUUUCUAUGGAGUCAGCCCAAGUCCAGAGCCAGAAGCUGCUGUUCCUUCAGUGCAUUCGGACAAUCACCAUGCUACAGUAAGCAUGGAUGAAGAGUCCGUGCAAUCUGAUGGACGCCCGGAGACAUCGGAGCCUCUAAGCCAUUUACAUGGUAAUGAUGCAUCUGAUGAUGAUGACGCGGUUGCUUCAGGCGAUGAGGACUCAUUGUUUGGUCCCUCGCGACCUCAAUCAAGGACCUCAUCUCCACCGCCAAACGACUCGCGGCGGUCAGAAAGCGAUGUUUCCGAGGCUUCCGACACUCCUCAUGGCAUGCUUAAUCGUACCUCACAGCUGCAUAAUCAGGGUUCGCCUUUCAGCACGGCACCACCAAAACAGUCGUCUUCGUCACAACCUGCGUCUCCAGGCCCUGCCAUCCCUUACACCAAUACCAAGAGUAACCUCGCUAUGUACAAUAGGCCGUAUGCACCUUCGGCCACUUCGACAUCAGCCAUCCCAAACGGUACGCCUAGUGGAUACAAGCCUGCCACUCCUGCUUUUCUGGCCUUGCGCACGGCCGGUCGAUCAGAUGCCGAUGAGGUUUCGCCAGAGCUCUUGGCUUGGUUCGAUGAGGCAGUGACAGAUCAAGCAGCUGGUACUUCGGACCAGAAUCAAGCACCUGCCACAAUGUUGCCAACCAGUACACAAGCUGCGACUUCACAGGAGCCUCCGAGUCGAGCAACGCAUGUGCCAGUCGUCCCUACAUUCGUGCCGAGCAUCCCACCUCACCCACAAGGUCAGGCUGCGACCACAGCUACUUCUGCCUGGUCCACACAACUGUCGUACUCAUCGACGGCGCCUCCUUAUAGUGCUACCUUAUCGGGCACUACUUUCUCAGCACCUACUGUGUCCAAGUACAGCUCCCCUAGUAGGCAACCGGCCGCUGGCCAGCCCAACUAUUGGUCAGGGGACGCGACUCCAGAUGACAAGGUCGGGCAUAUUAUACUGGCGACUCCGGCGCAGAGGUCUGUUCGUCCUAUCAAGCCUUUGCCACGGAGGACUCCACGCCCUGUCAACAGCUUUGCGCAGACCAGUACGUCCACUGUUCAUAUUUCCCUCCAACCAGCUGCUCCACCAGCCACUGCUCUUGCUCCAGCAUCUAGCGCGACCGAUGGUGGCAACAUCUCUCUAUCUUCUGGACCGGCGGUGCCUUCAGGGCCGGCACCACUAGAGUCUGACAAAGUCGAUGAAGUGAUGCCCUUCGAAAGGCAGGGGGUGCAAGCGAGUACCAUGAGCUCCGCCAGUCAACCCACACAGCAAGCUCCACCUGCUCCCACACAGCAGGCAGACAUGGAGGCUGGUCAUCAAGCUACCAUGGCGGAGGCCGAAGCUGCUGGCAUAGAUGGGCCUGCAUACAUGGCGAAAGGUAACUUCGAUGACGAGGCCCUCGAUCUGUUGCCAUCCGAUGACGAGGAUGGAGACCCUAUCACGAAGCCUGGUCAGAAUCGAGCGUCCAAGGCAUCGCAGAAGCAGGAGGAACAGAAUGACAAGGACGAUGAGGAUGAUGUCAAGUGGGAAGACGCCAUGGUCAAGAAAUGCGGUCGCUGUAGACAACCGAUCGUGAACAACCGCUGCGGUUCAGUUUGUCUAAUGAAUACGACUCGCCAAGGCGCUUCGAGCAGUACCGGGUCCGAAAACGACCAGGAACCUCAAGCGCCGGCCCCAGCUCCUAAGCUGCGGUGCACGAAGUGUGGAAACAUCCUCAGGAACAACAUCUGCGCUCCGAAGUGCGGGCAGAACAGGGUUCGUCAAGGCACGACAAGCAGUGAUGGGUCCAGUGGUGGCGAUGCCGCCUCUCAGGCCCCAGCGACAGGCCCGAUCACGGUGCCCAACCAGAACUCCCAAGGCCGUAGACAGGCUGCGAAUCUUGGUCGGAAGAUCUUGCCGGCGAAGGGUGCGAAGAAGUAG